CCCCUUUCGCUCUUUUUUGUCCGCUUUCUGACGCCACAGCGCGAAGGAUCGCACGUAUCGUUCUUCGUCGGAUCGUCGUCCCCAGCAGCUCCAUCUCUGAAUCCAGGGAUCGAAGAUGUCUUCCCUUGCGGCUGCUAGAGCGGAUAAUUUCUACUACCCGCCAGAAUGGGAUCCGAAAAAGGGUUCCUUGAACAAGUUUCAAGGACAACAUCCCUUGAGGGAGAGAGCAAGGAAGAUAGACCAAGGCAUACUAAUUAUAAGGUUCGAGAUGCCUUUCAAUGUGUGGUGUGGUGGAUGCAAUUCAAUGAUUGCCAAAGGUGUGAGGUUUAAUGCAGAGAAAAAGCAAGUGGGAAAUUAUUAUUCAACCAAGAUAUGGAGCUUUUCCAUGAAGUCAGCAUGCUGUAAGCAUGAAAUAGUCGUACAGACUGAUCCAAAGAACUGUGAAUAUGUCAUAAUCAGUGGAGCUCAGAGAAAGACAGAGGAUUUUGACAUAGAGGACGCAGAAACAUUUGCCCUUCCAGCUGAUGAUGAAAGAGGCAAGCUUGCUGAUCCCUUUUAUCGUCUUGAACAUCAAGAAGAAGAUCUGCGGAAGAAGAAAGAAGCAGAACCAUUGCUAGUCCGCCUUCAGAGAGUCUCGGACAGCAGGCAUGCUGAUGAUUAUAGCCUUAACAGAUCCCUCCGUGGCCGUCUUAGAAACCAAAAGAGGAAGGUCGCAGAAGAAGAAGAGGUUUCAAGAAGGAUGGGCCUUGGCAUACGGCUUCUUCCUCUAUCGCAAGAAGAUGCAGCGAGUGCAGCUGGCAUCGGAUUUGCCUCAAAAUUUGAGAGGAACAGGAAGGACAAGCGGGCAGCGAUCAAGGCUUCCUCCAUAUUUCCAGAGUCAUCAGGUUCUGCAUCAGGAAGUAGACGGUUGGAGCUAGAGUCGAAGAGGAGAAAAAUAAAAGCAAUUGCAGCUUCUGCUUUAUUAUCUGGUAGGAUUAAGCCUUUGUCGUGGCAACAAAAGGCAGGAUUCGUUAAGCCAUAACUGUCUGCAAGAUCCGGGUAUCCCCAAUAAUUGUAGUUGGCGGUUCAAUUACCAGAAGUGAUAUGGAUGCGGAGCUCGGCCUUUGUGUGCUUGGGAUGUUUGUGGUGGAACGCAAGAAAGUACGUGGGAUCAUGUUAGAUUUGCGUGCCCUUAAGUAGCGCUCAUUUUAUGUUUCAUGUAUUGAUUGCUUUGCACUGUAGUUGGUGAUGUUGAGAUAAAAGAUAUUACGGUUCUGUCGUGAUA